AUGCCUGGUCUGAAAGUUAAGGCUGGCACCAGUGCUGAAACUACAGCUAAGCCAGGUUCCCGCAAGACAACAACAACAGCGGCACCCGGAGCCAAGCCUACCAACCAGACGCAGAAGGCAAAGGGAGAAGCCAAAAGUUUAGUUGCUGGUGCAGUGCCGAAAGAAUGGCCUACCCUCAGGGUGGAAGAGCCAUCGAAGGCGAAGUAUGCAGAGAGGAAACGCGCUUCAUACAUUCUAAGAAGAGCUCACCUGCAUCCACCAACCAAGGAGGAGCUCACUAAGGAGCUCAAAGAAACCAUAGAGUGUGCUAAAGCGGUUCUUCCCAAUUUUAGCAUAGAACCGCCAGCAGGAGCAACAAAAAGACAGAGGUCAGCUGAAGAGGCUAAGCCGUCGGCUAAACGACCGAAAAUAAAGGAGACGCCCAAUAAAUCGUUUGCGGAUGUGGCCCGGAACCGCGUUAUCAUUGGUGUUCUGGAUGAGGGAGAUCCCGAAGGCAGAAUUCCCAGAACCCAAUGGAAAUGGGUGCAAGCUGCGCUGGCUAACGUGGCCCUGGAAGUGCUACUAAGCAAUCCAGGUCCACCGCCGUCAUGCACAGCUGCCGGUUGGUACCAGGGCCAAAUUAAAAUAGUAGCAUGUGACCACGAACGAUCGGUCCAGCUCUAUAAAGUGGGAGAGGUAUAUCCUGGGGCCAAACUAAUAGCGGUCGACAGGAAAGAUAUACCGUCUAGACCAAGGGCACGAGUGUGGAUAUCGGCUACACCAUCUCAGCCGGAUCAAAUUAUGCAGCUGAUCAGGGCUUGCAACCCUAACCUACCAACGGAGAGUUGGAAGUUCGUUAAGGCAUUCGACGAAGCGACAACCGAAUCGGGCGUGGAGACCAAAAGGGCCACAAUGCAGAUUUUGUUGUUGCUAACGAAUGACGCAAUCGAACCGCUGAACAAAAGUGGCGGUGAAAUCAAUUAUGGCUUCACUAAGGUCAAGGUGAAGAUAUAUAAAGCAGAUGCCGGUGCUAUCGACCAUCUUACCUCGGAUAACGAGAUGGGUGAAGUGGAGGAAGAUCCUAUGGAGUCCUCGAGCGAUGUCGAUAGCCUCGAACAAGGUGAGUGUUCCUCAGGGUCUGAACUGGCGGAGGCUCUCUAACUUAUAUACUGAGAAAGAGCUUUUAAGCGAUUCUCAAGACGAUGUAGAUGUAACUUUAACUAAUGCAUCUCUUACAAAUUAAUCUUCACCACAGCAAAGUAGCGUCAGUAGCCCUAAUUAACCGCAUGGUAAUAGAUCAGCCUGACUUUGUCCUCAUUCAGGAGCCAUGGGUUAAUGGAGGGCGGAUUUGCGGCCUGAGGACGCCAAACUAUAAAAUUUACAUGUCACAUUGUGAAGUGACUUGGACACAACGGCAGUAAGCUGGGAGACGAGCAAAGGUAACUACCGGCUUGUCUCUUGCUACAUGCCGUAUGAUGAGGAGCAGGUACCAUCACUGCUGAUAAAAAGACUGGUGCAAGAAAGCGAGGCGUCCAGGAGUGUGUUAUACUUGGAUGCGACUCCAAUGCACAUCACUCACUAUGGGGCAGUUCAGAUAUCAACACAAGAGGUGAGCUGCUUUUUAGUUAUUUAUUAAGCACUAAGCUAUUGUUGUGUAAUAGAGGAAACACGCCAACUUUUAUUACCAGAAACCGACAAGAAGUAUUAGAUAUAACACUUGUGUCGGAAGAACUGGUAGACAGAGUAAUACGAUGGAGGGUUCUAGAAGAACACUCCUUUUCCGAUCAUCGGUAUAUUGAAUGUGUACUGAGUGACAAAGUAGGUCAAGAUAAUAUAUAUAGGAACUAUAGGAAAACAAACUGGCUAGUGCAUAUGCAAGAGCUAAAGAGGUAUAUCCUUAUGACUCCUCCAUUCCAACCUAAGAGCAGGGAAGACAUAGAUUCCUUAGUUGAAAGGUUCACAGAAUCUUAUCAACAAGCAUUAGAAGUGGCAUGUCCACUUACUCGCAGUAAGGGAAGAAUUAGACCCCAAUGGUGGUCCCCCGAGCUCAAGAAAUCUCAGAAAGAGUGCAGGAGGCAAUUUAACGCAGCGAAACAAUCCCAAGUUGAGCGAGACUGGGAACGAUACUAUAGCCUUCUUAAGUUAUACAAAAAGGAAAUCAGGAAAUCAAAACGUAAAUCGUGGAAAUCCUUCUGUGAAGAAAUCGAGACGACGACAGAAGCGUCUCGCUUAAGAAAAGUAAUAGCAAAGGCUGCACAUAACGUUGGGUACCUACAGAAGCCAGAUCAGAGCUGGACGGAAUCCAGUGAAGAAACCUUAAAAUUGCUGAUGGAUACUCACUUCCCGGGCAGCUCAGAGAGCUCCACCGCUGAGUAUACUCUAGACAGAGUAGUGGACACAGAUCCUAAUAUUGGAGACUUAAUAUCAAUAGACAAAAUAAGGUGGGCAAUUAACAGCUUAAGCCUUUUAAAUCUCCGGGACCUGACGGUAUAUUCCCGGCUCAAUUGCAGAAAUCACUCAGUUACGUAACGGGCUGGUUAACAAACAUUCUCGAAGGAACCCUUCGGUUAAAUUACAUUCCUUCAUUGUGGAGAAAAGUGAAGGUAAUAUACAUACCAAAAGCGGGCAAAAGCUCUCACACAAGUCCAAAAGAUUUUAGACCAUUUAAAUUUUAGUCUUUCCCCAUUUCUACUAAAAACACUGGAAAGAUUAAUAGAAAUUAACAUAAUAAGCUAGCUGCGGAAAUGUUAGCAGUUUCACAGCACGCGUA